GAUUCACACAGGUACUGUACAGCGUAUCAGAAUUCUGAACAUGCUUGAGUGAACGAGACCUGAUUAUGAAUGGCUCGUGCAUUUAUAAAAUCGCUAUGACGGACGAGUGGGUGUUCUCUCCAUACUCUGGGAAGAUUUACCGUUGGAAUUAUACUCAAACAAAAUAAGUUCAAUUAUUUUCUUUAUGUUGUAACCGUCAUGAGGGAAAAUGUAAGGAGACAACAAUUCACUUUAGUAUCAACAAUGUAGCUGUUGUGUUGGCAAACUGAGACGAGAUGAUUUUCAAAACGCUCGCAGGUAAAACUUCAGUCGUGGGGCUUCGUUUACCGCAGACAUUUAUAUUCUUACUCGUUCUCGGAAGUCUGGGGUUUGGAGCUUUGUUCUUUUUGCCUGAAACAUCUCGUUUGAAACGUAUUUUUCAACAUAAUUCGGACAGCUCGGCAGUUAUCACCGACUCUGUGAAUGGACAACGUGCACAGCCCAUCUCACCCAUUGGAUAUGGGCUCAUUAGAGCCCCUCCGUUGGAUAUUGGAGUGCUACGUUCAAAAUCACAACUUUCAUCUUCAAAUGGAAAACAGAGAAAUAAUAACAAGGGAAGGAGUCAAGGAACAGUUUCAAUGGAACAUAUGUCUGAAGGUGACGCUGCCGACAACAAGGUGCAUACAAGGGGCGUGGUCGUAUCGAGUCGCGCGCGCUCACCUGUGAGGGUGAAGUUGAGGAAUUGUAUGCUGAAACCGCCAUAUGGCGCAAAUUAUGGCAAACCUAGUGAUCCUGAAUCUCUGCAGCGUCGGGAGAAAGUAAAAGAGAUGAUGAAGUUUGCUUGGGACAACUAUAAGCGCUACGCAUGGGGGGAGAAUGAGCUGCGACCUCUCUCCAGGAAUGGCAAUGAUGGCAGGACAUUUGGUGGUUUAAGAGGUGCCUCUAUCGUGGACUCUCUGGAUACCCUCUACAUUAUGGGGCUUGGUGAAGAGUACCAGGAGGCCAAGGAGUGGGUGGAGAACAACCUGAACCUCAGUGUAGGUGGAGAGGCAUCUCUGUUUGAAGUGAAUAUCCGCUACGUGGGUGGCCUGCUGUCUGCCUACUACCUAACAGGAGAGGAGGUGUUUAAAAGGAAAGUGGUGGAGCUGGGGAGAAAUCUGUUACCUGCCUUCAACACUCCCACAGGCAUCCCACAUGGAGUUGUCAACCUGGCCGGACUCCUUGCUCCGGCCAAACGCUAUGCCAAACCCACGGACUUCUCCGAAAUGGGUCUGGAUCUGAGUACCCCCCCACACCCCCGACCCUUCACCGAAUGUGAAUACAUUGGGGGCCGUCUGAUUGGUCCAGAAACAGAUGGGUUGGGACACACGUCGGUAAAGUGGCUGUUUGAAAAAUCUGAUUCCAGGAGGUCAACCGGAGGGGAUUUAGGGAGGAGCAGUGUUCUAGCAGAGUUUGGAACCCUGCAUCUGGAGUUUGUUCACCUGUCAGAACUUACCAAGGAUCCCAUUUAUACAGAGAAAGUGAUGAAUAUUAGGAAACAUCUGAACCAGCUGGACAAGCCACAUGGCCUCUACCCAAAUGCUCUCAACCCAGUCAGUGGGAAUUGGGAACAGCAUUAUGUCUCCAUUGGGGCCCUUGGUGACAGCUUCUACGAGUAUCUAAUAAAAUCCUACCUGAUGUCAGACAGGACGGAUGAAGUUGCUAAAAGGAUGUACUAUGCUGCUCUGGAGGCAAUAGAGAAGAACCUAGUACAGAGGUCUCCUGGGGGGCUGAUCUACGUGGCUGAGUGGAGAGGGGGUAUACUAGACCACAAAAUGGGUCACCUGGCCUGCUUCUCUGGAGGGAUGAUCGGGAUCGGGGCUGAACACGGCAGUCCAGAGACCAGGCAGCACCAACUGGACCUGGCUGCUAAUAUCACCCAUACCUGCCACGAGUCCUACAGACGUACACCCACUAAACUGGGCCCAGAGGUGUUCCGGUUUGAUGAUGGAGCGGAGGCCACAGCUCCCAGAGUAAACGAAAGGCAUUACAUCCUGAGGCCAGAGGUCGUGGAGAGCUACAUGUACAUGUGGAGACUGACCCAUGACCCCAAGUACAGAGAGUGGGGCUGGGAGGCUCUGGAGGCUCUGGAGCGACACUGUCGACUUGCCACAGGGUUCUCUGGUAUCAUUGAUGUCUACGGCCAUAUAAUCCAACACGACAACCUGCAGCAGAGUUUCUUUCUGGCAGAAACACUCAAGUAUCUAUACCUGCUGUUCUCUGAUGACGAUCUCCUGCCUCUGAAGGACUGGGUGUUUAACACAGAAGCACACCCUCUACCUGUCAUCCCCAGGAACUGCUCUCAGAAGACAGAGGACACAGACCGUUGGCCUGCUUGACAGGCUUAUAGGGCUCCAUUGAAAUGGACCACGUAUGGUGUAUGUCCACUAUCUGGCUUAGCUCCAGUGUUUGUCCCAAACAUUUUGCCUUUAUGUUUCAAUUUCUGAGGCCUGGCCCAAAAAAAGCCCUAAGAAAAGAUAGGGGGCCCUGUUUCUGGCCCUAGUCACUUUGAUUAAACUGCAGGAGAUGGAUGGUCAGUGAGACACAUAUCUCUGUGGAAACUGUUGAACUGAUUUUGUCUUCACUGUGAAAGCUGUUGUUGUUUCUGUGAAUAAUCAGAAACCAACAAUAAGUAUAUCUGACUGUCUACUUCUUUGCCUCUGUGAGGAAAAUUCCGAUGUCACAGCGAAUGAGCUGAACGUCAGCUUUCUGUGUCAAUAUGUCUUUGUGAUACAUCCAUUGUGCAUUAAAUCUGUCUGCUAUGACAAAAUAUUGUUUUUUCAGUGUAGGAUUUUCUGUCCAUGCCAGUUAUUUUUCUUAUCAGAUAAUUUCACUAAUUGUAAGUCGCUCUGGAUAAGAGUGUCUGGUAAAGGACUAAAAUAUCAAUUUAAAUAUU